GAUUACUCCACUAGAUACCGAUACUAAAUAUACUCCUUGGUUUGCGAUGGUUUGCGAAAGAAGAGCGUCGAAUAUGGGUGCUGGAGUUUGCUGAAGGCGUCAUGGGAGGCGAUCAACGCUUGGGAAUUAUACAGAAAGGGUCGGUCUCACAAAUAAUUCUCUUGCCUGAACCUAAAGAUGCUAAUGUUGAAUGAAGAGUGUGAUGUGCGUACCUCGAUAUUGUGGUGCGUGUCGACUUUCCUAUCUCUCGAUGUUCAUACAGCGAAGAAAGAACCAAGAAAGAACCCCCAAGUGGACGCUCUCUCUGUCGGUGUGAGUAUUUUAUUCUCUUGGAUGGCGCGGGUUCUUCGAAGUGGACUACCAAGUGGUUUCUCGAGAAGCGUCUGGUUUUCCUUCGGUUGUAGUGUCUAUGCAGCAAGUAUCCCUGCACGGAGAAACUCUGUUGGAAUCGCCACGACUGCAGCUACCCCUCACGAUCUAACCGUGUCUAAGAAUUGUAGAUGGGAUCUUGUGUCCAGUGAUGAGGAUUUCAGGCCCAGAUUCCGAGAGCCUCACAUUAUGUCGCAGUCUCCUUCCUAUUUUGCCUCGGAACGUGAGGUUCCGUGUCGGAUAAUUUUAUAUACUGUAUUUUCAACCAGUUCAUCAACAGCUCAAUAGCCUUGCCCCGCAUAUGUAUGAGAAUACUUUCAUUCGUUCGCGCAUCAUAACGGCCCGAACCCCUGGUCGUUUUGUAGAUAGUUUUCUCCAGGCACUGUCUAGUGCCGAGGGGUAAUUCAAUACAAAAGGA